AUGGACUAUCAGGUCUCUGUAGGAGACCUGAUCUCUUCCUCUUCCUCCCAGUACGAGGUGCAGGAACUCCUGGGUUGUGGUUCCUUCGGAGCGGUCACCCAGUGCAGGAAGGUAGCUACCAAUGAAAUGGUGGCUUUAAAAAUCCACAAAGACAAGGCACUCAUUGAGGAGGCAAAAGAAGAGGCGGCGAUCCUUCAUAUUCUAAAAGAGCUUGGCUCAGACCAAUUCAACAUUGUCAUAUGGCACAACUCCUUCGCCUUUCAGGGGCGUUAUUAUCUUGAGUUCGAAAAACUGGACAUAAGCCUGACAGAAUUCCUGCAGAGGAGUCCUUCCAAGUCUCUUGAGUUGACCGAUGUCCGCCCUAUUGUGCAGCAGCUGGCUACCGCUUUGGACUUUCUGAAGAACACAGGCAUCGCUCAUUCAGAUCUGAAGCCUGAUAACAUUAUGAUGGUGGACCAUUUUCGGCAGCCAUUGCGAGUUAAGGUCAUUGACUUUGGCUUAGCCCUCAACCAUCCAGAAAAAUGGACGGGUGUGACUCUACAGACCCGGUGGUAUAGAUCUCCAGAGAUCCUGCUGGGAGCUCCCUUCAAUGAGGCCAUAGACGUAUGGUCUCUGGGCUGCAUUGCAGCCGAAAUGCUUAUGGGCACUGUACUCUUCCCCGGCUGUGAUAGCUAUGAUAUGUCUUCACUUGAAAAGAAGCACUAUACUUUCACCUCAUGCACAAUUAAAAGCCUGAGUGAUGUCAUGGAGGCGUCCGCCAAACUUUCAGCACAAGAUGCCAGUGCUCGUGAAUGUGACAGGGUGAGCUUUGUUGACCUAUUAACAAAGCUACUGGAUGUGGAUGCUUGGCAAAGAAUCAAACCAAGCCAAAUUCUUCAACAUCCGUUUAUAACCAUGAGCCACCUUGUUGGUAUAAUGGACAACAGCCUCCACGUGAAAAAGUGUGUGGAGGUGAUGAGCUUGUGUCAGGAUCUGAGCUUGGGUGGUGGCAAGAAUGUGGCGAAGAAGGACAUCUCCAACAGCACUGCCAAGGAGCAACCUUCCCUCCAGAGGGCCGUCAUCAGUGGGGACAACGCUCCUCCAAAGAAGAGGAAAGGGGAUGGUAAUGAGGACUCAGAGUGUGGCAACAGAAGCCCAGCAAAGAAAAGGAGGAGUAAAGGCCUGGAUGCAGCAGAGAAAGAUGCACAGAUCAGCCCAAAAAAGUCACGUCUGCCUAAAAGGAAGAGGGAUGAAGCGGAUGUAUCCGUGACAUCAGACAUCUGCUUCCCAGCAAAAAGGAAUGUAAAACUGGAAAAAGAGCUGAAACCGAUAGAGGAGGUGGUGGUGCCCAUACAGCACAUCCCCCCAGCUCUCAUCCACCUUCACUGGCUCCCAAUUAAGUCCCGCAUCACGUAUAAAAUCCUCCUUUUCACCUACAAAUUACUCCAUGCCCUGGUCCCACAGUACCUCUCCGACCUCCUCCAUCCAUACACCCCACCCCAAAACCUGCUCUCCAUUGCCCACACCAGACUCUCCCAGAUAGGCUACGUGUCUAAAGGGGAAGUGAAAGUUGCAGAUAUUGAACAGUCAGAAGUAACCUAA